UUAGAGACAAAAAAAAUUCCUAUAUAAACCCAUGAGCCCGUUCCUUACAACACAAACCAAAUCACCAAAAAUAACCAACGUUGGUAGAGAAAAAGAACAUCAAAAUUAUGAGAUCUUCCUCUAGCAUGGGGCCUUCAGCCUAUCUCUUUUACGCUCUAGCCAUUACCAUCAUGGCGACAAUGGUUGCUGCCUAUGAACCAUAUACAUAUAGCUUGCCACCACUCCCAUCAUAUUCACCAUCUCCGAAGGAAUACAACACUCCUCCGCUACUGUUAUAUCCUCAAUUUUCUACCACCUCCGUACUAUUCCCCAUCACAAAAGAUAGACUACAAGUCUCCUCCAAUACUAUUUAUCUACAGUUUCCCACCAACACCACCAUAUUCCUUUCCAUCAACAAAGCUUAA